GAAAGUUAUGAUGAAUUUGCCUUAUUUUUCCACGAUACCUAUGGUGGCGAUUUUAUAGCUGUUUUAUGGAAACCACAAGCUUUUGAGAAAAAAGAGUUUAAGGUAUCCCAUCUUAAUGGCAGAAAAGUCGUAACAGUUGACGGGAAACCGAUGCUAGUGUCUAAUCUAGGCGCAAUUAUCGAAGAUUUCUACAUAUUGGCCAAGGAUUAG